AUGACCGCGCGCGGGAGCGAGGCUGAUAAAGAGGAGAUCACCGAGUUUGUGAACACGUUCAAGGAGACCAUGACGGCCCUAAAGACAGCAGCAGCCGCGAUUGCGACUGUGUCCGUGGUCAUCAAUGGGCACAGGGGCGUAAUCGAGGCUGAGACCGAAAUCGUAGUAGCACUUGUCGUACCACCCGCCGUUCGUAAUCGCGAUUGUCAAGCGGCAUUCCGGGCGCCCUCUCGGCAACCAAGGGCGCGUAAGUAUGAGAUAACGGACAUGGACACGACGGUCGUGACGAAUGGCCUCGAAGACGAGACAGCCAAUAUUGACGUCUUCAGGCAAGAGAGCAACGAGCGGAUCUUCAACGACUACCCGUGUUCGGGUCCGAUAUUCAACGAGCUCUCGAAGCAGACCAGAGCCCUGAUUAAGUGGACGAUCAUGAACAGGGCCGUGGCGGUCUACGGCCUACAUCUACUGCAGGGACACGGCCGGGAGCAGAUGCACUCGCCGACGGCCGCGAAUGAACUGUGCUCGGUAAUCGACCUUCACGCUUCCGUCAACUACGUGGCCUCCCUCAAAAGGUACUAUUCGACCGAACACGGAAUUGGAGACCACCAUUAUCGACAAGGAUUAUCGCACUCUUUGAAUUACUACACGGUCAAAUGCCCAACGCACUACACCAUGUCGCAAGAAACAGUCGAGGACCCUGACAUGUGGAAAGGUGGAUUCCAGGAAGAAGUAACUGGACUCAAGGAAGAAAUAACCGAGCUCGAGGAAGCACCCGAGCUCAAGAGUGAAGUAACCAAACUUGAGGAUGUGACGGAACUUGAGGAAGUGACGGAACUUGAGGAAGUGACGGAACUCGAGGGGAACUUGACCAAGUUCAAGGAGAAAGCCAUCGAGCCCAAGACGGAAGUGACUGAUCUUAAGGGGGAACAGAUCAACCUUGAGGAGAAAGUGACGGAGCUGCGGAAAGGUCAUGGUGGAAACAUCACGGGUCAGUUUAGUCACUUGAUGAUCAAAUCAAUGCUCCCGAGAGAUCUGAAUUUGAAGCGAAAGGAACACGAAAGAACUCCUUCCAGCAAGCAGAAAAAGAGAAGGAUGGGCUAG